AUUAUAUAAAUACCGCUUUAAACCUCUGUAUUAGAGACAGUUGCUCUUCUCACACGGAUUGUGCACCAGCAGAAGUGAUCAAAAAUGGAGCCCAUCAACAUCGAACUUGUGGACUACUACGGGCAACAGAUCGCGCCAAGACACUUUACGGAUAACUAUGACCUUGUCCAAACCAACAAAGAUACAGCCAUAUACAGAAGAGGAUACAAUUUUUAUCUAGCUAUUCGCUUCGAUAGAGAUUUCAUCGUUGACAAGGACGUUCUUAGGAUCGAGUUUAAGUUUGGUCCGAAGCCUAAAAAAGACAUAACACGCAUUCCUUUGAUUUUGCGUCCCCAACAACGCCUGCCAGACGACCCUAAUCAGUGGGGCAUAGCUCUGGAUAGAGUAGACCCCAAUUAUGUUGUCGUAGAAAUCCAUAUCGCUGCCAAUGCUCCUGUAGGAAUAUGGAGCUGUUCUCUUCGAACGAAUAUCAAGGGUUUUCCAAAAGAAUUCCGCAAUUUUCAGGUACCUAACGACUUCUACAUAAUUUUCAACCCCUGGAACAGGGAAGAUGGUGUUUAUUUGGAAAACGAAAAUGACCGCAACGAGUACAUCUUCAGUGACGUCGGAAAGAUAUGGUUGGGCACUUCUUGGUAUCCACAGGGAAGAAACUGGAUAUUCGGCCAGUUCGACGACAUCGCCUUGCGCACUGCCGUUUUCCUUUUGGAUAAAUCCAAACUGGAACCAGAAAACAGGGGAGACCCCGUUUUAGUGUCUAGGGCGAUUUCAGCAAUAAUAAAUUCUGAUGACGACAACGGCCUUUUGGUGGCCAACUGGAAUGGUGAUUUCUCAGAUGGUACCCCUCCAUACGCCUGGACAGGAUCCAAGCCCAUCCUGGAACAGUACUACAAUUCUGGAGGAGCUCCAGUGAGAUAUGGACAGUGCUGGGUAUUUUCCGCAGUCACUGUGACGAUUUGUAGGGCUCUGGGGAUCCCCUGUAGAUCUUCCACUGUCUACGUGUCUGGCCAAGGCUCCAAGAACAUUACAAAGAACUAUGAUGCUUUCGGCAACCUAAUCGAAGACAAUCAGUCAAAUGAGACCCUCUGGAGCUUCCAUGCCUGGAAUGAGGUUUGGCUGGCAAGACCAAAGAUUCCAAAGAGGUUUAGUGGCUGGCAGAUUAUUGACGCCACUCCUUUAAGACGCAGCGAUGGUAUCAUGAGGUGUGGACCAGCUUCAGUAGAGGCUGUGAAGCAAGGCUUUACGGACUAUCAAUACGAUACCGACUUCGUGUUCCAGAUAUUAAACGCUGAUAUUAGUCGUAUUGUUGUAGAUGAAGAUUCGGAAUUGGGAGAGUAUCAGCUACCUAAAAACGGAUAUCAGUCUGGAAAGAAAGUUGUAACCAAGGCGGUUGGAUCGGAUGAUAUUUGGGAUGUUACACCUAUAUACAAAGCACUAGAAGAAGUAAAUAUUGCUGAAUCUAACGAACUUUCCUUCGAACUCAUCACUGACAAAGUCCCUCUGGGUGAAACGUUGAAUGUGACUAUGAGAGUCACUAACAACACGAACUCGACGAAAAACAUUUGGACGGCUUUGGCAGGUAGAUCGGUUUACUAUACGGGAAAACAGGUGUCGAUAAUAGAUCGAAGAGAUGACAAUUUUUCGAUUAAACAAGGAGAAACCAGGGCUCUUCCUCCGUUGAGCAUCCCCGCUUCCAAAUACAUUCCAGCGUUGGUAGAUCACGGUUUUAUCAAGCUGUACGCUUUUGGUAUGGUUAAAAACGGUGACAAGAACGGUCAGAGAUGGGCCGAGGAGGAAGACUUUGUUUUUACGCAACCUUUGGCGACUAUGAGCGCAGGAAAAUUGUACUAUAAAAUUGGAGAUACAAUUGACGUCAGAUUUAGUUUCAGGAACCCCGUGAAUGUAACACUGACCAAUUGCGUGUACAUGGUUGAAGGCCCAGGAGAUGUUCCCAAGAGCAUCAGAUACAAAGACGUGCCUCCCUUAGAGGAAGUUAGCAUCCCUAUAAGCUUCACCACUGGCAGAAGGACUGGCGUAAGAAGAAUCAUCGUAAAUUUCACAUCACAACCGCUAGUUCAAGUCACAGGAAGCCUUGCUGUUAAUAUUGUUGGGAAGUAAAGAUAUAUCUUUAAUAUUAUACAAAAACUUCACUAACAUUGUUAGAUAUCCCUCAUAUAAUCCAGUAGCCGCAAUAACUUGGUAAUCUGUUGCAUAAAAUUGCUUUUUCUUUAUGUAUAAAUAUUUUAUAUCUAAAAAUACCAAUGACUUAGCAUAAACUAAAGACUUCUGAAUCAUAAGGAAAACAUAUUUGGCAAAGUUACUGGCGUAAUAAUUUACUUCCUCCUUGGAAAAUACUAAUUCCAACACUUUUUUUGUACAUUUUAUAAUAUUCUUUAUUUCACAAUGUGUUCAUUGCGCAAUAAACUAAAUAAAUCUACUUUCAUGAUUAUGUUAUGCGAAUUAUAUAUUAAGUACACACCUACCAUUUCUGUUA